UGUAUAGGCAGAUGGGCUCAAUAAAUAAGCGGUUAUAUCAACGAAUCCUGCCCAGUUCAAUUGCUAACAGUUGGCUCAACGGUUGAAGUAAAAACCAUACGUUUUGCUCCUAUAAGCCAUUUUUGCUAUAUCCGGUGGAUUUUUUAUAUCCUGGUCCGUGCAUAUAUUCCUUCGACGGACAGGCAAACAUCCCAUAGAUCUGUGUGCAGCAGCGACUAGCAGGAAAACAACCCCCCAAACAGAAAUGAUCUUCCACCCGAAAAGUGGGUUGGUAUUUUUUCUGCUGGCAUUAGCAUCGCUGGUGUUUGCAUCGGACGUGCAUUUCAUGCCGCUAGAGAAGGCCAGACAACUGUCGUUAUCGUCACCGCGAAUUGUUGGCGGUUCUACCGCCGAGGCCAACCAGUUUCCUCAUCAGGUGGCGUUGCUGAGAUUCGGAAUUUCAUUGAGCUGCGGUGGCUCGCUGAUUACCAACCAAUGGGUCCUAACGGCAGCGCAUUGUGUUUAUAGUGGAAAUAAUGUUGUUCCUUCGUUCUACAUCACUGUGCUCGCUGGUACCGUCAAGCUCGCCCAAGGAGGAACGCGUCGCAGUGUACAACGAAUCAUUCCCCACGAAAGCUAUGGUAACUUCCGUAACGACAUUGCUCUGUUGAAGCUUUCACAGCCAUACCAGCAAAGUCAAGCCAUUCGACCGAUUGCACUACGCCGCUCGGAACUGCCGACCGCGGCAAAUGUAACCAUCUCGGGCUGGGGUCGUCUGUACGCGGACGGUCCGCUGCCUGCAGAGCUUCAGUAUAACCGCGCCGUUACCAUUUCCGCCGAACAAUGUGCGUCGCAAACCGGUAUCAGCUCGGGACUGCUGUGUCUUCGGUCACCUGCCAAUAAUGGUGCUUGUAACGGAGAUUCCGGUGGACCGGCAAUUUACGGCAAUCAACUGGUUGGUGUGGCAAACUUCGUAAUCGGUUCCUGUGGUACGGCUGCACCCGAUGGCUAUGCAAAAGUUUCGGAUUUUGUCCAAUGGAUUGAGGCUAAAAUAAAAUAAAUACACUUGAAAAAGUGAUUAAAUACUAGAGCAGGACAUUACAAAUCGGACCUCCAGUUACGUAACGAAGAAGAUAUUGAUUUGUAGUGAAACAAAUUUCCUAUCAAGCUGACAAUAAAAAUGAUGAUGUUUGAGCAAUUGACAACGAACCCAGUA